CGGCCGCCGUCGGGGGCGGGCCGGGCCGGGCCGGGCAGGAGCGGCCAUGGGGAACCUGUUCGGGCGGAAACGGCGGAGCCGCGUCACGGAGCAGGACCGGGCCGUGCUGCAACUGAAGCAGCAGCGGGACAAGCUCCGGCAGUACCAGAAGCGGCUGAGCCUGGGGCUGGAGCGGGAGCGGGCGCUGGCCCGGCAGCUGCUCCGGGACGGCAAGAAAGAGAAAGCCAUGCUCCUGCUGAAGAAGAAACGGUACCAGGAGCAGCUGCUGGAUAAAACAGAGAACCAGAUCAGCAACCUGGAGCGGAUGGUGCAGGACAUUGAAUUCACCCAGAUUGAAAUGAAGGUCAUCGAGGGCCUGAAAAUAGGCAACGAGUGUCUGAACAAGAUGCACCAGGUUAUGUCCAUAGAAGAAGUGGAAAGGAUAAUAGGAGAAACCCAGGAUGCUGUGGAGUACCAGAGGCAAAUAGACGAGCUCCUGGCUGGCAGCCUGACUGAGGAGGAUGAAGAUGCCAUUCUAGAAGAAUUAAAUGCUAUUACUCAGGAACAGUUGGAGCUUCCAGAAGUUCCUUCGGAGCCGCUCCCGGAGAAGAUCCCAGAAGUGUCACCCAUCAAGAACAGGCCAAAGCCAGAGCUGGUGGCAGCAUCUUAAUUCCCAGUGCUGGGGUUUCCCCCACCAAACUUUCACCCUGGACAGUUUGCCCUCCCAGUGUGCUGGGAACAGGCAAUGCCUUGGCAGCAUCCCAGCUGUGCUGGGUGGAUUGUGGAGCAGGAUUCCCUGCACAGGGUGGGGAACCUCAGCUGAUUAUCGCUCUUGUAUCAAGAUUGUUUUCUAGUGCUUUCUUUUUUUGUAACUUAAAUUCCAAACUCACUCAGCUGCGCUGUCUCGGGAUUAAACAGCAACUCUAAAUCA